AUGGGCAUCGACGGUGUCGUGCUGGCAUUCGCUCGCGAGGCGACAGCAAGCCAGGCAGUGACCAAUGCCCAACUCACAAAGGAUGAACCUCAGUUAAGAGACUGGGUUUCCUGCAAUUUGGAGACCGUCGAUAAGCUUCAGGGUGGUGACUAUCUGGCUAUACGUUGUACCGGGGCCGGGAAGGCCACUUUGAGGGUCUUGGAAGACUUCUCGAGAACAGCGCAAACCGUUUCUCUUGCUAACGCGGUUGAGCUGUUCGGGCCGCAGCUCAGUGUCUUUCGAGAUGCGAUGCACGAGAUUUGUAGCGCAGCACAUGCGAAGAAGAUUCGGAUCCUAAUUGAUGCGGAAGAUGUGAAGCAUCAGAACGCUAUUGACUAUGUGGCCCUGAAUAUCAUGUCAAAGCUUAAUUGCGACGGCCGAACUUGCGUUUUUAAUACAUACCAAAUGUACCUCAAAUCAGGUCUUACAAAACUACGAACACAUCUCAACUACUCCUCCGAUAAGAACUUCAACUUGGGGAUAAAACUAGUCCGCGGAGCUUACCUUCACACGGAGCCCGAAAGAGCCUUGCUUCAAGAUUCAAAAAAGGCAACAGACGUAGCGUAUGACACCGCCGUCAAAUUCCUUAUCAGCCCAUCGGCCAGUGGCAAGCCUUGGUCGGCGGAUGUCAUGCUUGCCACACACAAUUCCGAAAGUGCUUGGAAGGCCAUGUCUCUGUAUACCGAUCUGGUUAAAUCUAAAACAACAACCCGCGGAGGGGUUAAAAGCCUUGCGUUUGCGCAGCUCAUGGGAAUGGCUGACGAGGUAUCUUUGAAGCUGGUAUCGGAGAUCAAGAGAUUGGGCCUCCAAACCGCCGGCGCCGGGGGUGGUAAGGCAAACCCGUUCCCGGCGGUUGGCGUGUAUAAAUAUUCUGUCUGGGGCUCACUUGAAGAGUGUCUCCUUUACAUGCUUCGGCGUGCUGAGGAGAAUAAGGAUGCAGUGGCUAGGAGUAGGCAGACGGCCAGGGCGAUGAUACUAGAGCUGUUCAUGAGGGCGUUACCGGUAAGACGGCAGACACCAAGAAAAAGCCUUGGCUCAUAG